UCCCGCAUACGACUGCAUCGGCAUCACACCAUAUUCCCCCAUUUCWGCUGAUUUAUUUCUGGGGAUCUGAUUUUGAUCACCUUCUUUCUUUUACCUUCAAUAAGUUUUCAGCUUCCAUCAUCACUCAAUCUCCAACCGAUCGAAACUAUUCAAUCAUGGCCACUCCAGAUGUCUUUUUGCAGGGCGAACAUGAUGUUUUCUCAUCCGUUUCUCCGUUUGAUUAUGCCAAAGGCGAUGCGAAAUCCCGAGGAUUUGCGAUUGAGARAAAAAUCGAAUAUCUUGAGAGCUUGAACGACAGAGUUAGCAACAGACGAGCACGUAGAUGGAUAAAUGAUCGUAUACUCUUGGAGCUUGUACCUCGUUUGAGCGGAGAUGAGAUUAGAGGCUUGUUUGCUCCACCACCUUGGGGUGAUGAUGUACGACCGUCGCCAUUUUGCAUGACAAAUUUGGGGGAGUGGGACAAAUUUAGGAAUAUAGACAUGGAUAAAGAGGCUGGUGCAAUUGAGGCCCUUAAAGGUUCUUCAUCCCAGAAGAAAAGUUGUGGGGAUGUCGAUAAGAUUGCCGCCUUGACUGCAUGGCACAGGGUGGAUUGCAGAACUAGAGAUGCAUUCCGCCGAAGCUUCCUUCCUGAACUUGUUCAUGGUUAUGAGGAGAGCAUUCGGGCCUUUGUCUCAGAGGCAGCAGGCAAGGAGGUUCUUGUGUUGUAUGUCCAAGACUCUUUCCAUAGGUUGUUACUUCAUGGUGUUUGCGAGGUGGAUGCAUUUACCGACACGGCGUUUAAAGGAAAUCCGGCAGCCGUGUGUUGGUUAGGGGACAUAGAGAGAGAUGAUAAGUGGUUGCAGUUAGUUGCGACUGAGUUCAAUAUUUCAGAGACUUGUUACUUGACUCCGGUCGUUGAUCACGGUUUAGAGAACCCUAGAUUUCAUCUCAGAUGGUUCACCCCCGUCGCUGAGGUUGAACUUUGUGGUCAUGCAACAUUAGCAGCCUCCCACUUCCUUUUCCAAUCCGGCUUGGUGAACUCUAACGCAAUUGAAUUUUCAACUCUUUCUGGAAUUUUGACAGCCCAAAAAGUUCCUGAUAGCAGGAUUAAGGAUUCAUCACCAUCUGGCAGUGAAAAUGGUGAAGCUCAAGACAGCUUCUACAUAGAAUUGAAUUUCCCUGUUGUGCCCGUUUCAGAUUUCAAUGAUCUCAAAUUUUCAGCAGUUUCUGAAAUACUAAACGGUGUUUCUAUUGUUGAUGUAAAGAAGAUGGCAUCUGAUGACAUCCUUGUGGUACUUCCAUCAGGAAAGGAAGUUGCAGAAUUCAAGCCACAGAUAGAUAAGAUCAAAAAAUCCCCGGGAAGAGGGAUAGUAAUUACAGGACUUGUGCAAAAUGGGUCAGGGUUUGACUUUUAUAGUCGAUUCUUCUGUCCAAAAUAUGGAAUUGAUGAGGAUCCUGUUUGCGGGAGCGCACAUUGCGCCUUAGCAGCCUAUUGGCACGAGAAGUUGGGGAAAUGUGAUUUUGUUGCAUAUCAAGCAUCACCUAGAAGUGGCACCUUACAUCUCCAUCUGGAUACGAAGAACCAAAGAGUGCUUCUUCGAGGUAAGGCCACCACAGUCAUGGAAGGGUCUAUUUUGGUCUAAGAUUCAUGAUAUAAUCAUAUUGCAUAUUGGAUCCAAUUGAAACUAUCUUCUAAUUUGCAAUAAAUAUCCCUUCGAAAAUUGAAAUUUCAAGAUGCAUGAAAUUUCAUGAUCUUAUGAAUUUGUUGUUGUAUUAUGAAACUGAACAUUUGCUAGUUAAACCCAAUUCAUGAACCUUUUGCCUUUUCUUUUCUAUAAAUCUUAAAAUGGUUAGGAUUGACCUAAAA